GUGCGCGUCACAAAUCGAUCCUGCUAAUUGCAAACCAACCAAUCACCUCGCUUCUUCCCCGCGCGUCGCAGACCUACACCCAAAACCCUAAUUCUCUCCCUGCCCAGCGGCCUUCGCAUUUCACGCAAACCGUUCGUAGACAGGGUAAGAAAUCCAUUGUUCGAUUGGAAUCUCUUAAACAUAAACAUGUAUAUGGAUCAUUGCAAUCAUAAUUUCAAAUGUUCGAUCUUCGUAUAGAGCGAUAAAAGCGAUGAUGAGACCCGACUUUUCAUCUCCGGGCUCCGUCGUUGCUGGGUCCGCCGUAUGCGGCAAUUGCGGGGCGGUGGAGCGGCUUAUACUUCACGGUAUCCGCCUCCGGGGCAACAUCCGUAAGCUCUGCACUACCUGUGUCCUGAGACUCCACCCUCAAUACUUCUGCCCUACCUGCUUCACCGUCUCCCACCCGUCCCCACCGCGGUCAUCCCAAAACGACGCCGUCUGCUGCUCCAAGUGCUACUCCGUGUCCCAUACCCAGUGUGUGGGACACACCCCGCCCAACCCUUACGUAUGCCCCCUCUGCGUCUCCCCCAACUCCCCAAUAUUCACCCUUAGAAAAGCCACCAAUAUGGAUGGCAAGAGUGGGAAUAGUGAGACUUGCAGGGUCAUUGAUAAAAGUGCAGCGAGAGUUUUGCUGGCUGCUGCUAGGAUUGCCGCUACUUUGAUGAGCAGUGCAGCUGCUUCUUUAAGAAUGGAGGCAGAGAAGAAGGCAAAGGAAGCGGCAUUUUCUAGGAAACGGGCCAGGGAAGCAUUAGAACAUGUGUCCUAUCUAGUGGCUAAGGAGAAGAUGAGAAGGAAUGAGGUUUUGUUAGCUAACAGGAGGGGAAUAGGCGGCAUUGCCAGCAAUAAUGUGAUGGUGAAUCAUCAUAGGGAAAAUAUGGACAGGGUGGAUACAUCUAGUGACGUUUUGGCAGCUUUGAAUAAGGAUCUGGCGGGAGUGCAACUUCCAAACAACAUUGUUCCCAUGGUUGUGGAGGAGAAUGGGGGGUUUUCUGUGGGACCCCACACCCACACUGGGCUGUCAAUUGUUCAGAAUCUUGAUGAGAGUCAUCAGAAUGGAAUGCCAGAGAAUUUGGCUGAAUUUGCUAUUACUAAUGGUGAGGUUGCCUCUUUACCUGCUGCAGAGGAUCCAGAUCAGCAAACAAACCUGAUUCUUUUUGGGGAGCAGAACAAUGGUGUUAAACUAGGUACACCUGAAUGAUACUUUAUAUUGCAAAGGCUUGCUUUUUAAAAGGAUGCUGGUUUUUAUUUUUUGAUCUUGAUAUGAAUGAGGAAUUGCAUAAAUUUUGGGAGUUCGUUUUGCUAGAUAAAGGGUAAUUUGCUCGGAGUAUAGCUUUUGUUUUAUGUUAGAGCGUAGUUCUGUGUAAAAACGCCAAGAACUUGUGAUGUAUUUAUGUAGUUAUGAUGUAUGUAUUAUAAUACUAUAUUUCUACAUGCAUUUCAUUCUCACCCCUCUACUGGAGUCCUGAAACAACUUCAAAUUUUUCAUCAAUUAAUCCCCUCCACAAAGUACUACUUUCCAAUUA